AGAAACCUGAAUACAUGCGCGUACAGAGGCACCAGAGCCAGAGAAGAGAGUCGAGUGGCUUGAGGGUGCGGUAGCCCAAAGCCGAAACUCAUUUGUGGCUGCGGCGGUAGCCAACUAGCCAGCCAGGUUACCACUUCCUUCCUGCGAGUGGUGAUAUCAGACAAAAACACUCGCCCACAAAUCCAGGCUGAAAAAUUGGUAAGAAGGCAUGUUCCUUCUUCUCCUUCCAUCGAAAUCACAGUCACUCACACUUCCUUAGAAAAACAGAUUUCUAUACUCUUCCUCUCUCUCUCUCUCUCUCUCUGCAAGUUACUUUGUCCCUUUCUCUAUUUCCUGUUCUCACCACCUGAAUUGCCCUUUACUCAACCCUUCCACAUUUUAAGUUUCUCUCCGCACUCUCUCCAUCUAGAUCUGCCAACUCAAGAACUCAUCUGAAUUUGGUCCAUGAUUGAUUAGUAUGUAAUGCCAAAUACCCUUUUUUCAGAUCUAAAGAUAAUUAUCGAUUAAUGGUUUCUUUUUUGGGUUUCUGCUAAUCCUGGAGAGAGAAAGAUGGGAUCCAGUGGAAGCAAGGCCUUUAAUAACAGUGGCGCAUCAUCAUCAAGUGGACGGAAGGGGAGAUGUAAAGGGAGUAGGGUUUUCCAGUCUUCUUGCCUUGGGGGAGCUCCUUCUAAUGAUAAUACCAAAAUGUGUCAUCGUAAUAGCAAAGAAAAUAUAGGCAAUGCAUCACCUAGCGGCCAGACUGGAACCCUGUUAGGUCAGGUUAAAAUUGAUUGUAGAAAGGUAAAAGUUAAGCAGUCUGAAGAAAGUUGUGUAUCUUCUAGUGCUGGGCUAGAUGAGUGCAGCCAAGCAAGUAUCACAAAUAGAGCCUGCAGGAUAGGUAGCAGCUCUGCUCGAGCUGCUUCUAUUCCAUCCUUGACUUCUCAAAGUAGCUUUCUUUCUCGCUUUAGCUUCAUUCCUGGUAAUAUGAGCUUUAGACUAAACAGAGCAACCAGUUUAGGGUCAUCCAGGGCUUAUCGUAUCCCGUCUACAAGUCUCCAAAUGCUCAAUGAUGAAGAAGAGAUUCAGCAUCCAAGAUCAGCCAACAACACUGAUGGAAGUGAAACUCAACAAAUUAGUGAUUUGCAACCUACAACUCACUCACAACAUCAUGUAGACACUUCUGCUAAUGUACAUCUGCACAAUCGGGCAUCUAAUUUCUUGGACAAUAAUGGAAGCAUUCAGACAACUUCUUCUGUUCAUGGAGCAUGCAGAGAUGGGGAUGACAUCAAGGUGGGGAAUGAUGGAACCUCACGUUCUCCAAGAAUUUAUAGUGAUUCAGAUAGUUUUGAGACUAGAAUUUCAGACAGACGAAUUGGUGCACAAGAGCCCAUUGAACAUAAUGUUUGUUUUAGCCGUACCCUAAGUGUUGGAAGACUUCGAGACAGAGUUCUCCGUCGAUCACCACCAUCAGACAUUACAAUUUGUCCUUUGCAACAAGAGAGAGACUUAAGAGAUGCCACUCACGUUAGUGGGGGACAAGCAUUGGGUAGUGAAAUAAGGAUAUCAGAAUCCGAAGGUGAUGCUCUUAACCCUCCAACUACAUCUGGUUAUCCUCCUGUCUCCUCUAGCUCCAUGUUCAGUGUUCAUGAUCAUGAGCUGGAAACUACACGGUCAAGAGACACUAGGUAUCAUGACCUACUGGAACAUAGGUCAAAUUUCCUUGAGCGAAGGAGGAGAAUAAGAUCUCAGGUUCGUGCUCUUCAGCGGCUUGGAAGCCGUUUUGAGAACCUGUCUGGACAUGAGAGGUCAUGCAUAUUAUCUGGUCACCAUAGAACUGGACGUUGUACAUGUCGUACGACUAAUCGAGAUGCCAAUUUAAAUGAUGAUACAAGUGCUAGAGCGAGCAUAUCAAGAAUUGUCAUGUUAGCUGAAGCUCUGUUUGAGGUUCUGGAUGAAAUUCACCAACAAUCUGUGGUGCUAUCCUCUCAGCCUUCGUUGUCUUCGCUUGGAUCUGUACCUGCACCUAAUGAAGUAGUGGAGUCUUUGCCAGUUGAAUUAUAUACCAAGUUGCAAAAACAUCAGAGUGAGGAGGCAGCUCAAUGCUAUAUAUGCCUUGUGGAGUACGAGGAAGGGGACAGUAUGCGGAUAUUGCCUUGUCAUCAUGAAUUUCACAGGACAUGUAUAGACAAGUGGCUUAAGGAGAUUCACAGGGUAUGUCCACUUUGUCGUGGGGAUGUAUGUAGAUCUGAUUCAUUGCCGGCAGAAAACUAAGGUGGCCAGAUUGCAGUCUGUCUGUUCAUCAUUUACAGAACUCUUUCAUUUAUUUUAGUUCUCCAGCAAGAAAGAAGGUGAAUUCAAAAAUUUACCUGAAAUCUUGACCAUUUCCACCAGGAUACCUAUUGCAGUCUCCCAUUCCAACAUAGCCUGUUAAAAAAUAUCAGCACCCUGCUGAUGAACGAAGUCAGUCAGAACUGUGGCCGAGGAGUUUUGCGGCCUUCUUUUCCGGGAGGGAGAACACGUGUUGAUGAUUAGACUUUCUUGAUUUGUUCUAUUUUUUUUUCAAUGUAAAAUCUUUAAAUAGUAUCUUAUGCAGGAAGAAAAGAAGGGUCUUCUCA